CAUGCCGUCCUGGCUAUAGCCCUCUACCUCAUCCUCGUCGCGACACCACGACACUGACCAAAGCGCAGUCUCACCAGGGGCAGAGCCUCUCACAGCAGACAUGGGCGCGAGCGAUUCCAAGCUCGUUUUCAAACAAGGCAUCUUCCGACUGUCGGAGGAGCGCCACAUUCCACCCGAUGAUGCCUACUGGACUUCCUUCUGGGAACUCCCCGAGUCCUCUGAGGACGUCUUCAGUCUAUUCACACCCGCGGAUAUCCGACGAACCCGAGAUCGCGCCCUCGAAAACCUCGAGACCCUCAUUCUUGCCAUCACAUCCUGCCUAUUCAGACUACGUCAUCAUCCGUCGUUUCCCGAUCCGGAACUUGCCUCUGAACGGGAAGCGUUGAACUGCAUCAGAGUCCUCAACCGAAUCCUACCCUACCUCUACGAAAAGGAUUCUUUGGCUUCUUGGGAGGAGAAGUUUUUCUGGGGCCAGAGGAGAAAGCGCACUCGCCAUGCCGCCAUUGCCAACGAAGUUCUGUUCGACGAAGCUCAAGUCGAAGAGGCCAAGACCGAGGGUACGGAAUUCGAGGAUGUGAAGCCGUUGGCGGAGGAGUUGAUCGAUACAUUGGUCGACUUGUUGUUUUUCUCUGAGUUUACUCUGCCCCGGCAGCCAAGCGGAAAGUCGAAGGUCAGCUACGCAAUAUGGCAGAGUGGUGUGGGAUGCAACACGGCUGUUGCCACCACCAAGGAGUAUGAGAGCAACCGAUCGGAGAUUUUGCGCCUACUCUUGACCCUCACAGGCCAGAGCAUGUAUAUGACCGCAGGAGUUCUUCCGCAGAGGGGGGUGCGAGCCUUGACCCAUCUCUGUUCAUGCGCUGAGAAGCAGGUGGUGCUUUCGGUUCUGUGCUCGUUGCUCAAUACGACCCUGAAGUACAACCCUGCCAGUUGGCGCGUGCCUUACAAUACUCUAGUGUUCAAGGAUGGGAAAGAGAUGCUAGUGACGUAUUCUCUGCAGUUCCUGUUGGUUCUGCUCCUAUAUCCCAUUCCUGAAAGUCCGUCCAACCCAUCACCAAAGAACUUCUACCGACACUUCCUCGGGCGGCUUCACCGACCACAGGACUUUCAAUUCAUUGUGGACGGAAUGACGCGGGUUCUCAACCAGCCACUCCAGGAGAAGUCUUCCUAUCUCCCAGGAGCUCAAUCAUCUGGCAACUUUGCGCCAGAGAUACUCAUGUUAUUCUGGGAGAUAACCCAGUGUAACAAGAGAUUCCGAUCUUUCAUCAUUGACACUGAAAGAGCACACGACUUUGUCAUCCUGACUCUAUUUUACGCUUUGGAGUACAAGAAUGACACGGCGAAGCAAGGAGUAGUGCGCAUGUGCGCAUUCUUGUUGCAGACUCUCAGCGUGGAAAUCAACUUCGGAAUCAACCUGAACAAAUAUUUUGAAGGUCAAGACAGCCUGCCCGCCUCAAUACGGGUCCCGGGUUUCAGGGGCACCUACGCAGAUUUCUUGAUUCAUUCGAUUUAUACCUUGAUUACCACGAGCCAGGGCAAGUUGACGGCGAUAUACCCAGCUCUCCUGGCGGUGAUCAAUAAUAUUGCCCCAUACCUUGAGGGCCUCAGCAGCACCAGCAGCUCAAAGCUUUUGCAGCUGUUCUCAUCCAUGUCGGCGCCGUCAUUUUUGCUGGCCAACGAUUCGAACCAUAACCUCCUCCACUCCCUUCUAGAAUCGAUAAAUUCUAUCAUCGAAAAUAAAUACGCCAAGAAUCCCGAAUUAAUAUUCAUAAUUUUGAAGAACAAGAAGCGCAUCGAGGCUCUUCGGUCCUUCACGCUGGAGAGUGGUCAGGAGGAGGUGGAGAGAAGAAACAGAAGGAGAAAGGAUUCUGGUGGCCAAAUCGACCCAUUUGAUUCCGGAUCUGUUCGAAGCUCAGUCGACAGUAUGAGGAGUCCCGCAGUCACUCAAGCCCGACCUUCAGCGCUGGAAGAAGUUCCAGAGGACGGUGCAUUCGCCAUUGGAGACGACGAUGACGAUGACGAUAGUGAUGAUGAUCAUCAACCAACUCCCGCGCGAUCAACUUCAAGCGAGAAUCAAUCACAGGCAUCCUCGACGGCAAAUGUCGAGGAUGCGGUGCCAACUCAACUACGAGGCAUGUCAGAGAAGGCUCGGGGCAAAAUGCCAGCGGGGGUCCCAACCUUCUCGCGGCAAAACAGCACCACCAGCCUCGCUGCACACUCGAUUUCAGGACCAUCACACAGUGGCGGGUUUGAGCCAACAGCUCAUUGGAUUGAUAGUUGGCUGCCGGAACUUCCCCUCCAUACCAUCUUGGCCGUUAUUCAGCAGGUCUCUGCUUUACUCCCGCGCCAGGAUCUGACACACGAUACACCUACCCCGGAAACACUACGGCGGCUUUCGGGGACUGAACUUGUCGGCAUCGAGGCCUCCCCUCCCCGGGUUCAUUCAUUUGAAUGGUCUCAAUUGGCCCUGGGGUGGUAUGAAUCACUACUCUGGGGCAUCGUGUUUACAAGCGAGAUGCAAGUUGCCAGAGGGCCCAUGGGAAUUUGGAAUGGCACCGCGAUCAAGCUCUUCCGGGUCCAGGAAACAGCACCUGAGGGUCCGACCCUGACCUCACCUCGGGGAGCUGUCGACGCCAUGGGGAGCAACCUCGUGUCACGGAUAGGGCAGAUGAACCUUCGGGGCGCGCCCGCGGCAGGGAGUCCGCCUCCGCAACAGCAUCACUAGCAGAGAGGCGGCGAAGGGGGAAAGCGGUGACGGAUAGUGACGCAAACGUAUACAGAAGCAUUGAGGUGUUUGGGAUUUUGAGGAUUGUACGGCGUUUGGGGAUCCAGAGUCGAAGUGUGGGCAAUUUUGGAGAUGUUGGUAGUUAGGUAAGGUAGGCAACGUAGUUAGCCAAGUAGCAUGGCACAAAUGUGCUUCAUCAAGGCUAAAGCUUUGAAUCAUGCGUUACAGCUCCCCGACAGCAAUGCUCUCAGAUUUAUCCGGCGCUUUGUCAUGGAUUAUGCCAAUUACCUGACG